AUGUCGUUGCUUUCACUUCAUAAGUCUGUUGGAUACAAAUUGCCUGUCAUUUCCGUAUUAUUAUGUUUAGAAGGGUCAGGAGCAGGUCUGGGGAAAAUAAUCCAGAGAUUUCCACAGAAGGACUGGGAUGAUACACCUUUUCCACAGGGAAUUGAAUUGUUUUGUCAGCCCAGUGGGUGGCAGCUGUCCAGAGAGAGGAAGCAGCCAACGUUUUUUGUGGUGGUCCUGACAGAUAUUGACUCAGAUCGACAUUACUGCUCGUGCCUAACCUUCUAUGAGGCAGAGAUCAAUCUUCAGGGAACAAAGAAGGACGAGAUUGAAGGUGAAGUGGAAGUGACUGGUUUGAUUCAGCCUGCAGAAGUGUUUGCUCCCAAAAGCCUGGUGCUGGUAUCCAGAUUAGAUUACCCAGAAAUCUUUAGGGCUUGCCUGGGUUUGAUCUACACUGUGUAUGUGGACAGCCUGAAUGUCUCCUUGGAAAGUCUCAUUGCAAACCUGUGUGCGUGCCUUGUCCCAGCGGCUGGAGGGUCUCAGAAGCUGUUUUCCUUGGGUGCAGGAGACAGGCAGCUGAUCCAGACUCCUCUGCACGAUAGUCUUCCUGUCACAGGCACUAGUGUGGCUCUUCUGUUCCAGCAGUUGGGAAUUCAAAAUGUCCUCAGCCUCUUUUGUGCAGUCCUCACAGAAAAUAAGGUUCUCUUCCAUUCCACAAGUUUCCAGAGACUUAGCGAUGCUUGUAGAGCCCUGGAAUCUUUAAUGUUUCCUCUUAAAUAUAGUUAUCCUUAUAUUCCCAUUCUCCCGGCUCAGCUACUAGAAGUUCUAAGUUCCCCAACACCAUUCAUUAUUGGAGUACAUUCCAUCUUUAAAACUGAUGUCCAUGAACUUUUAGAUGUAAUCAUAGCAGAUUUGGAUGGAGGCACUAUUAAAAUUCCUGAAUGUAUUCACCUCUCUUCCCUCCCAGAGCCACUUCUACAUCAGACUCAAGCAGCUCUUUCUUUGAUUCUACACCCAGAUUUGGAAGUAGCAGAUCAUGCUUUCCCCCCUCCACGAACAGCUUUAUCCCACUCAAAAAUGCUGGAUAAAGAAGUACGUGCAGUUUUUCUUAGAUUAUUUGCACAACUUUUCCAAGGAUAUAGGUCAUGCCUGCAACUUAUAAGAAUUCAUGCAGAACCCGUAAUACAUUUCCACAAGACAGCUUUCUUGGGGCAGCGUGGUUUGGUUGAGAAUGAUUUCCUCACCAAAGUUCUCAAUGGAAUGGCAUUUGCAGGUUUCGUUUCAGAAAGAGGUCCCCCCUAUAGAUCCUGUGAUCUCUUUGAUGAGUUGGUAGCUUUUGAAGUAGAGCGAAUUAAAAUUGAAGAAAAUAACCCAUUGAAGAUGAUAAAGCAUGUCAGAGAACUUGCUGAGCAACUGUUCAAAAAUGAGAAUCCAAACCCUCAUAUGGCAUUUCAGAAAGUUCCACGCCCAACAGAAGGUUCCCACUUGCGAGUUCACAUUCUUCCUUUCCCAAAGAUUAACGAAACCCGGGUACAGGAAUUAAUCCAGGAAAAUCUUGCUAAGAACCAGAACGCACCUCCUGCUUCACGAGUGGAAAAGAAAUGUGUUGUGCCCGCAGGUCCACCUGUCGUUUCAAUAAUGGAUAAGGUGACAACAGUUUUCAACAGUGCACAGAGAUUGGAAGUUGUUAGAAACUGCAUCUCGUUCAUUUUUGAAAAUAAAACAUUGGAGACUGAGAAGACCCUUCCUGCUGCACUGCGAGCCCUUAAAGGAAAGGCAGCAAGACAGUGUCUCACUGAUGAGCUGGGUUUGCACGUCCAGCAAAACCGGGCAAUACUAGACCAUCAGCAGUUUGACUACAUAAUAAGGAUGAUGAACUGCACUCUGCAGGAUUGUUCGAGUUUAGAAGAAUAUAACAUCGCUGCAGCUUUACUCCCUUUGACGAGUGCUUUCUAUAGGAAACUGGCCCCCGGAGUCAACCAGUUUGCUUACACCUGUGUGCAGGACCACCCCAUUUGGACAAAUCAACAAUUUUGGGAGACAACCUUUUACAAUGCAGUGCAGGAACAAGUUCGCUCCCUGUAUCUCUCCGCCAAGGAAGACAAUCAUCUGAAGCAAAAGGACAAGCUUCCUGAUGAUCAUUAUCAGGAGAAGACAGCAAUGGACCUGGCAGCCGAGCAGCUCCGUCUUUGGCCUACUCUGAGCAGAUCCACUCAGCAGGAGCUGGUACAACGGGAGGAAAGCAUUGUCUUCAGUCAGGCCAUUCACUUUGCCAACCUCAUGGUCAAUCUGCUGGUUCCGCUAGACACAACUAAAAACAAGCUCCUAAGGACAUUGGCACCAGGCGACUGGGAGAGUGGGAGCAACAGCAUUGUUACAAACAGUAUUGCAGGAAGUGUAGCUGAGAGCUAUGAUACAGAAAGUGGCUUUGAAGAUUCAGAGAGUAAUGACAUUGCCAAUUCUGUUGUGCGUUUCAUUACCCGAUUUAUUGACAAAGUCUGUACAGAGAGUGGAGUUACUCAGGAUCACAUCAAGAGCCUUCAUUGCAUGAUACCAGGAAUUGUCGCUAUGCACAUUGAGACCCUGGAAGCAGUGCAUCGAGAGAGUAGAAGACUUCCACCUAUACAGAAGCCCAAGAUUCUUAGGCCUGCUCUACUGCCGGGAGAAGAAAUUGUUUGUGAGGGUCUUCGAGUCCUGCUGGACCCUGACGGACGAGAAGAAGCUACUGGAGGCCUCCUUGGGGGCCCACAGUUGCUGCCGGCAGAAGGAGCCCUGUUCCUUACCACGUACAGAAUCCUGUUCAGAGGGACGCCCCACGAUCAGCUAGUUGGUGAGCAGACGGUUAUGCGAAGCUUUCCGAUUGCCUCCAUCACCAAGGAGAAGAAGAUCACAGUGCAGAACCAGCUGCAGCAGAACAUGCAAGAAGGACUGCAGAUCACGUCGGCAUCCUUUCAGUUGAUUAAAGUAGCAUUUGAUGAGGAAGUGAGCCCAGAAGUAGUAGAGAUCUUUAAGAAGCAGCUGAUGAAGUUCCGUUAUCCUCAGUCCAUUUUCACCACCUUUGCUUUUGCUACUGGACAAACUACCCCACAAAUCAUUUUACCCAAACAGAAGGAGAAGAACACAUCCUUUCGCACCUUCUCCAAAACGAUUGUGAAAGGUGCCAAAAGGGCAGGGAAAAUGACAAUCGGGCGUCAGUAUUUAUUGAAGAAGAGGACAGGGACCAUUGUGGAAGAGAGAGUGCAUCGCGCUGGGUGGAAUGAGGAAGAUGACAUAUCCGUUUCAGAUGAGAGUGAACUCCCCACGAGUACCACUCUGAAGGCCUCCGAGAAGUCUACAAUGGAACAGUUAGUGGAAAAAGCCUGUUUCAGAGACUAUCAGCGUUUAGGUUUGGGAACCAUAGGUGGCAGCUCUUCUCGCUCAAAACCAGAAUAUUUUCGAAUCACGGCCUCCAACAGGAUGUAUUCGCUCUGCCGGAGCUAUCCUGGCCUUUUAGUUGUACCUCAGGCUGUACAGGACAGUAGUUUACCACGAGUAGCCCGUUGCUACCGACACAGUCGCCUGCCUGUUGUAUGUUGGAAGAACUCGAGAAGCGGUACCCUGCUCCUCCGGGCUGGGGGGCUCCAUGGAAAGGGAGUAGCUGGUCUGUUCAAAUCUCAGAACUCCCCUCAGGCAGCUCCUACCUCCUCCUUAGAAUCUUCCAGCAGCAUAGAACAAGAAAAGUACUUGCAAGCCAUCCUGAGUGCAGUUUCUGUCCAUCAGAAACUCCGUGGCAACAACACCCUUUCUGUCAGGCCAGCACUUGCUCUGCCUCCAGGUGUAUGGGCAAGUCUUCGCUCCAGCACUCGCCUGAUCAGUUCUCCAACAUCCUUCAUUGAUGUUGGCGCCCGGCUGGCAGGCAAGGAUCACUCGGCCUCCUAUAAUAACAGCGCCUACCUGCAAAACCAGCUCUUGAAACGCCAAGCAGCCCUAUAUAUAUUUGGUGAAAAGUCACAAUUAAGGAACUUUAAGUUAGAAUUUGCUUUAAAUUGUGAGUUUGUUCCUGUUGAAUUUCAUGACAUCCGACAAGUGAAAGCCAGUUUUAAAAAGCUGAUGCGGGCCUGUGUCCCAAGCACCAUCCCAACUGACUCAGACGUGACCUUCCUGAAGGCCCUGGGAGACUCUGAAUGGUUCCCACAGCUUCACAGGAUAAUGCAGCUGGCCGUAGUAGUAUCAGAAGUACUUGAGAAUGGUUCCUCUGUUUUGGUCUGUUUGGAAGAAGGCUGGGACAUCACAGCACAAGUGACAUCCCUGGUUCAGUUACUCGGUGAUCCCUUUUAUAGGACGCUCGAAGGCUUCCGGAUGUUGGUUGAAAAAGAGUGGCUCUCUUUUGGUCAUAAAUUCAGUCAGCGGAGCAGCUUGACCCUCAACUGUCAGGGUAGUGGUUUCACGCCAGUCUUCCUGCAGUUCUUAGACUGUGUACACCAGGUCCACCACCAGUAUCCAACCGAGUUUGAAUUCAAUCUCUAUUACUUAAAGUUCUUGGCUUUCCACUAUGUAUCUAAUCGCUUUAAAACAUUUCUCCUGGAUUCUGACUAUGAAAGAUUAGAGCACGGAACUUUAUUUGAUGAUAAAGGAGACAAGCAUGCCAAAAAAGGAAUUUGUAUUUGGGAGUGUGUUGACAGAAUGCACAAGAGGAGUCCUAUUUUCUUUAAUUAUUUAUAUUCACCAGUGGAAAUUGAGGCCCUGAAGCCCAAUGUGAAUGUCUCCAGCCUCAAGAAGUGGGAUUACUACAUAGAGGAGACCCUGUCCACAGGGCCUUCCUAUGACUGGAUGAUGCUGACCCCCAAGCAGUUCCCCUCUGAGGACUGUGAACUGGCCGGAGGUGCUGGCCCCCAGAGCCAGAGGAGGACAGUGUGGCCGUGCUAUGAUGAUGUCAGCUGUACACAGCCCGAUGCACUCACCAGCCUCUUCAGUGAAAUUGAAAGAUUGGAGCAUAAAUUGAACCAAACCCCUGAGAAGUGGCAGCAGCUGUGGGAAAGGGUGACCAUGGACCUUAAAGAAGAUCGUGGAGCAGACCGACCCCAGAGACACCCUUCGGGCUCCCCAGGAAUUGUGUCCACCAACCUCCCUUCCUAUCAGAAGAGGUCCCUGCUGCACCUCCCAGACAGCAGUGCGGGGGAGGAGCGGAAUGCCAGCCCCUCCCCAUCCAACGGCGUGGACCGCAGGGCGGCCACACUCUACAGCCAGUACACGCCCAAGAAUGAGGAGCACAGGUCCUUUGAAGGAACACUUUACAAAAGAGGGGCUUUGCUAAAAGGUUGGAAGCCCCGCUGGUUCGUUCUGGAUGUAACAAAACACCAGCUGCGAUACUAUGACUCGGGCGAGGACACCAGCUGUAAAGGCCACAUUGAUCUGGCUGAAGUGGAGAUGGUUGUCCCUGCAGGCCCCAGCAUGGGAGCCCCGAAGCACACAAGCGACAAGGCUUUCUUUGAUCUCAAGACCAGCAAACGCGUGUAUAACUUCUGUGCCCAGGAUGGACAGAGUGCCCAACAGUGGAUGGACCGGAUCCAGAGCUGUAUCUCUGACGCCUGAUGCCCGUGGUCCACUCAAGCAGAAGAGGGAGGAAAGACUUGUGCUCUGAAUAGGGAGAGUGCAUGAGUCUUUGAGGAGCUGGCAGCUUCCUGUUCAACUCUAGUGAGUCAGCCCAGAGCCUGCCAUUCUGUCUUACCCACCCCCUCCUUCAGCAUUGCUGCGUCUGCUUGGCCUGAGUGGAUGUGUCACAUCCACUCCAGGUCUGGUCAAGGGCCCCAGGCACUCCCUGUAUCUUGCACUAGAUUGUUCUAACAAGGUCUCAGUGGGUAGGGUCAGAAGAAUGCCUCCUGAGCCAGCUAGCACGUACCCCCAGGCAAAUGGCUGCCACCUACCUGGGUCCUUCUUCAUGAAAGCUAGAUCCUCCUUGUUCUCCAAGGUCAAAACUCCCUUGGAGAGCUUUCUGACUAGCAAACAUCGAAACCCUCCAAGAUUGUUAUGUUCUGCACAAAAUAGGUUUCCCAUCAGCGGCUCCUGCUCGUAGCUCCCAGCCUUAGAGAUGCUCAGCCAUCUGAUGCUGCGAAAGAUCCUUCUCUGAUCUCUGCCCGGCGUCAGGCUUCACAACAACAUUGGUGCUCAGUGGGGGCAGAGUGGGGACGCAGGACUAUCCUGAUGGACAGACUGUCCAGGGAAUGAUGUAACAAUGACCAAGCCAGUACAGGGAAGUACUGCUUCCAGAACACUGGGUUCUCCAGGACAAAGAUGCCCUGAGGACCCAGGACCUCAUGUUCCCACGGGUUCUGCUCCCUGGCAGCUUCUUACACGAGAUAACCUGCAGGCGGCUGAACGCACUAACCUGCAAAACAAACUUGCGCUGACCUCCUGAUGAAGCGGAGAUGGUGGAAGAGAGCCAGCUGUUCAUGACCUCACCACACAGGUGACGAGGGCUUUGGCCGCAGCACAUGGCACGAUUAGAAACCCAACGACACUUCAGUAUGCGAACCGUAGGGACUGCUUUUAGAUGUCCCUUACCUUUAUAACCUAUGUUUACUCAGCUUAGGAUCUGAGGAAGCUGUUUGUUCUCAGGAACAGAGCAGCUCCGCCAGGGCCCCUGCAGCCAGGGAGGCAGGGAGCCUGAGCAGGACAUUUGCUUUGAACUGUUAAUAUGUUAAAUACCAAACUAAUAUUUCAAAAAUAUGUAUAUAUGAUUGCUAUAUCCUUGUUCUUCAGAUAGUCUGCUUAUAAUUUAAUAUAAAAUUUUAACUGGUUCGGUCAUAAGAUUUCCAUAAUGAAAUGGUUCCCUUUUUACAAACUAAAAGACCUCUUUCUCUUUGUAGGUUUAAAAGAAAUCAGAUUUUCAAAUUUAAAAUGAUCUACACACUAGGAAAUAGAACUGUGACAUAUAAGAGAUUGAGGGAAUAAUAAGAAUGAAGGAUUUUUCUAUCAUUUUCAUUUUAUAAAUUGCCACCUGUGAAAAUGGUUUUUGCACAUUCUUUGUAUUUUUCUUUGUAUAUGAAAUAAUUUUUGUACUAUGUAAGAUACAGAGCCCACUGUACCCUCAGCCAUUGGAGACUGUACACAGUGCUGCUUUUGUAACUGGAUUCUUUUAACUUUCAUAAAGGCGCCCCAUGCCUUAUGUUCACUAACCACCUGGGAUUAAAUUUGUUUCUUAAGAAA